AUGGACAUUUCGUCCAGACAAAUAUACACACAUAAUGGCGGGGACGACAUGGGAACUACGCCAGUUGUUGGACACUGGACACAUUAGACGGAGGAGAAAUCAUGCGAACCUUCAUUGUUCUACUGUUAUGUGGAUUGUGCCUGGCGUCCCCUGCCUGUGAUCCGGGCUGGACACAGUUUAAAGAGAACUGUCUGUGGUUCAGUCAUUCGACCAAGACGUGGCUCUCUGCUGAGCAUGACUGCCGUGAACAUGGAGGCUGGUUGAUGUCAGAUGACAACGCAGAAAAACACGACUACCUCUCCACCCUCGUAUACGCGUUUAAAGGUUUCCAUUUUAAUAAAUUCUUCAUUGGUGGGACUGACACGGCCUUUGAGAAUCAAUGGCGAUGGUUGGAGACUGGUGUCAAUGUCGGUCCUUUCACAAGAUGGGGAACGGGAGAGCCGGACGGAAACAGCUCCAAGAAUUGUCUAGCUCUGAAGUGGGAGAAUGACCGAGACCUGGUAUGGUCAGACGAGUCAUGUGGCCAUGCUGCCACCCACCACCAUCAUGGUCAUGGCCUUUUAAACUACAUCUGUGAAAAAGCUGUCAACAAUUCCGGGUCAAUGGUGAUCGGUCGCCGUUGAUUAGAAUGUCAUCGUUAUAGUUAAUAAAACAAAGGCGGGAUAUCCA